AUGGUCGCCAAGAAAUACGAUUUCGUUGUGGUCGGUGGGGGCACUGCAGGUCUCGUCUUGGCCAAUCGGCUCAGUGAGAACAGCAAUGUAAGCGUGCUUGUCCUCGAAGCGGGGCGCGAUUUGACAUCAGAUCCUCGUGUCACAACUCCUGCUCUGUUUCCCACCUUGCUAGGAACAGACGCAGACUGGAACACAGUAACAGAACCGCAGCUGGCCCUUAAUGGGAAGACUGUCAGCAUUCCGCAUGGACACGUCCUUGGAGGAAGUAGUGCUAUCAACGGGCAGGCUCUUGUUGCCAACGCGAAAGUGAACAUCGACGCAUGGGGUGGUCUUGGUAACCCUGGCUGGAGCUGGGAAACCCUCGCCCCGUACUACAAAAAAUUCCACACCCUGGAUCGUCCCCCAGCAGAUAAGGUUACCUUUCGUCAUCUUCAUUUAAAUCUCAUUGACAAUGCUGUACGGGGUUCGGAUGGGCCAAUCAAGACCAGCUUUCCUGCUGGUACCGAGAACCCGGUCCCCAGAGCAUGGAUCGAGACUUUAGAUUCAUUGGGUCUAAAGGCUACGAGCGACCCUUUCUCUGGGAGCAAUGUGGGCGCAUACACGAAUGCUGCUACGAUUGACCCUCAGACUCGUCAGCGAAGCUAUGCUGCUUCCACAUACUGGAAACCCGUCCAACACCGACCUAACUUGACCGUCGUCAGCGGAGCCAGGGUCCAGAAGCUACUUUUACACGGUACCAACAAGACCAGAGUCGUGGGUGUAGAAUAUAUCCACGAAGAUGAGACCAGGACUGUUGAUAUCAAAGAGGAGGUAAUCCUGGCAGCUGGGGCCUUGAACUCCCCGAAACUCCUCGAACUGUCUGGCAUAGGUGACCCAGAGCUUCUGUCAACACUGGGUAUCCCUGUCGUUGUCGGAAACAAGUACGUCGGGGAAAACUUGCAAGACCACCCAAUGGCCGGGCUAAGUUUCGAAGUUGGUGACCAGGUGAAGACCAUAGACGAUCUUCUCAGGCAGGACCCCGCCGCGUUAAAGGCAGCUAUGGAGCAGUACGGAACCUCACAAUUUGGGCCCCUAGCCAUCGGUGGUAUAUUCUCCUAUGCCUUUCUACCCCUGCUGAACAAGAUACCUGAUUCGCUUGCCAAUUAUCGCGACCCCGAGGACACACAUCCGCUCCAAGAAGCUCAUACGGAUUACUACCACCAUCUGCUCGAAAAAGGAGAGGAAUCCACAGGAGGGUUCUUCACCUACGCGGCACAAGGGAACUUCAGCUCCGGAUCUGGCUCUUCCUUGAUGUCUUCUGGUUUCCUACCUGGUAAUUAUCUUUCCAUUGCUAUACUGCUGCUUCAGCCCUUGUCUCGUGGAUGUGUGCAUAUACGUAGCGCGAACCCUUCAGAUCCCGUUAAGGCCGACCCGCGAUAUCUCGCCCAUCCGCUCGACCUUGAGGUUCUUGCCAGGCAUAUGACUUACAUAUCCACCAUCAUCUCCACGGAGCCACUGGCGUCUUUGCUGAAGCUCGACGGGCGCCGAAAUGCUGGAGCGCCAGCCAACCUCACCGAUCUCGAGGAAAUGAAAAAAUACCUCAGGAAUAUGACACAGAGUGGGUGGCACCCAACCUCCACAUGCGCAAUGCUCCCACUUGAUAAAGGUGGUGUGGUUGAUGAACGACUGGUGGCACACGGGACUACGAACCUGCGGAUCGUCGACGCGAGUGUGUUCCCCAUCACUCCAAAGGGCAAUCCGAUGGCGACAGUCUACGCAGUCGCCGAGCGAGCAGCUGACUUGGUGAAGGAAGACCUAAGAGACAGAAGGGAAGCAACGAAGGCCGAGUAG